CUUCUUGGACGCCUCGAGUGAGAGCUCAAGCCGAAACGGCUGUCGUCGUGAUGUGCGAGACGAGCUCUGAAGCUCGGCUCGUUGCUGAACGAUACUUCCUCAUGGGCGUAUUUGGUAGUGGAUUGGCUCUGCAUUCGCCAUUCUUCUUUCUUGGAUUUGUCGCCUUGUUCGACACACUUCUCGACGCCACCUUUAUAGUUCUUCUGUCUGUACCUGUGCACGCCGAGUAUUUUGACAACUAUCUACUGUUUAUGAUAUGGCUACAAUAUAUGCCGGUAUUCUACGUAUUCUCUCAAAUCUUCAAAAUUGCCUCCGUCUUCUGCCUCAUUAUGGCCAGCAUAGAAAGGUAUUGCAUGACUAAGCACUGGACUUUCACGGGAUUCGAGCAGCGCACACGUUGGUUGGCUUUGAUAUUUGUGAUCGGAAUGGCAAUCAUCAUCAAAAACAUAACAUCGGAUAUUUCGGUAAUCGAACGCGAUGAAUGCAGUGGUUAUCGACGAUUCAGGAUAGCAUUCCAAAGCAGUGAUUCCUACCAUCUGAGUCUUUUCAAUACUGCUGCCAUUUUUGUGCCAUUCUUCACGCUGAUCUUUCUUAACGGCGGAAUCGUCAUGAUGCUGAAAAAGCAAAACGUGCAGCAACUGCGCUCUUUAAUCACUGAGCUUACGAUGGGCAAGGAUGUUAUGAAAAUCAGGCGACGAAAUUUGCGAUCGGCCACGAACACAUUGAUAGUUAUCAUAUCGGCGUAUUUGAUAUCGAAUCUGCUUAACGUCUACCUGACCAUCACAGAAUAUUUUGAUGCCGAUUUUCUCCAUGUUCAUCAUCCGGACUUCUUUCGGCUGGCUGCCGAUUUCGCUUCUGUGCUUACAGUCUUCGGUAACGCCAUACGCUGUCCAGCACAUUUUCUGUCGAGCUCCGAGAUUCGACAUCAAUUCGCGCUAAUGGUUUUCGGAGAAAACCAAGAUAAAGCGGUAGCACUCUUUUCAGAUUCUUACUCUAGAAGUUGA